UCGGAGCUGAGUUUUUUUUUUUUUUUUUUUUUCCCCACUGUCGUCUCCCUCGUCCUCCUCUCCGUGUUGUUGUUCUCGGUGACGCGACGGAGGUGUAGCCUGACGCGGUCUCUUACGUGUCGGUCUGAAUAAAAGUGGAGCUCCGUAGACCGGGGAGUGACGAAGCGAGUCUGUGUUGAUUUUAAUUGAGCAUGGAGGCCGGCGCAGAGGCACAGCAAAGUGGUGAAGCAGCUGUCUCAGAGUCCGAGGCCCAGCACAUCACCUUGGCUCAGGUGCCCAUAGCAGCGAGCCAGGUGUCGUCCAGUAGCCCCACGGUCACUGUGGUGCAACUACCGAACGGUCAAACGGUCCAAGUGCACGGGGUGAUCCAAGCUGCGCAGCCGUCGGUCAUUCAGUCCCCGCACGUCCAGACGGUGCAGAUUUCAGCAGUUGACAACGAAGAUUCUCAGGAGUCUGUUGACAGCGUCGUAGAUUCUCAGAAAAGGAGAGAGAUUUUGUCCAGACGACCUUCUUAUAGGAAGAUUCUAAACGACUUAUCAUCGGACUCUCCUGCGGUCCCUCGGAUUGAAGAAGAGAAGUCAGAGGACGACUCUGCCUCAACCAUAACCACCGUCACCAUGCCCACGCCCAUCUAUCAGACCAGCAGCGGCCAGUACAUUGCCAUAACCCAGGGUGGGGCCAUCCAGCUGGCCAAUAACGGCACAGACGGAGUGCAGGGCCUGCAGACGCUGACGAUGGCCAGUGCUGCGGCGGCCCAACCAGGCGCCACCAUUCUGCAGUACGCUCAGACCAGUGACGGGCAGCAGAUCCUGGUUCCCAGCAACCAAGUAGUCGUACAAGCUGCUUCCGGUGAUGUCCAGACCUACCAAAUCCGCACAGCUCCGACCAGCGCCAUCACUCCCGGGGUUGUCAUGGCAACUUCGCCAGCACUGGGAUCAACCGGAGGCACGGAGGAAGUGACACGCAAACGGGAGGUCCGGCUGAUGAAGAACAG